UGUCAGCCGGGAACCUACGGAAAGAACUGUGUACAUGUAUGUAGCGAAACCUGUGGAGUGACCAGCAGAUGUAACAGAUUUACUGGAAAGUGUGAGGGUGGAUGUCAGCCCGGAUGGAAGGGAGAUAAAUGCGAGCAAAAAUGUGACGACAGAAAGUAUGGCGUUAACUGCACUCAGGUCUGCGGUCACUGUCUUAAUGAUGAUCAAUGUCAUCAUAUCAGCGGGGUAUGUUCAGGUGGAUGUUCUAAAGGAUAUAAAGGACCACUAUGCAAAACUGUCUGUGACGGUGAAAUGUAUGGCAUCAACUGCAGUAAGAAAUGUGGAAACUGUCUUGAUGAAUUACAAUGCCACCACAUUAAUGGGACAUGUUUAAAUGGAUGUUCUUCAGGAUACAAAGAUGAGCUAUGUACUGUCGAAUGUGAUGGAGGCAUGUUCGGUAUAAACUGCACCCAGAAUUGUGGAAAUUGUCUUAAGGGGAAACAGUGUCAUCAUAUCAACGGUACUUGUUUAGAAGGGUGCUCUGCAGGCUACAAGGGGUCCCUUUGUAUCGAAGAAUGUGACAAUGGAACGUACGGUGAUAAGUGUGGUAAAAAGUGUGGACAGUGUAUAAAUGAUACACAGUGUCACCAUAUUACUGGUUUAUGUAAAGAAGGAUGCUCCAUUGGCUAUAAGGGAUCUCUUUGUGACAAAGAAUGUGACAGCGGAAUGUAUGGUGUUAAAUGUAACCAGAGUUGUGGGAAAUGUUUAAACAAUACUCAGUGUCAUCAUGUUAAUGGUACUUGUUUAGAAGGAUGUUCGGCAGGGUACAGAGGAUCUCUUUGUGGAGAAGAAUGCAACGGAGGAAUGUACGGUGAAAUGUGCAGACAGACCUGUGGGAAAUGUUUUAGUAAUUCCCAGUGUGACCACAUUAACGGAACAUGUGCAGAGGGGUGUUCUGUUGGAUAUAAGGGAGAACUCUGUGAAAAUGAAUGUGAUAACAGAACUUUUGGUGAUAAAUGCAAUGAAACAUGUGGCAACUGUAUAAAUAACACACAAUGUCACCAUGUCAGCGGUGAAUGUAGGGAGGGCUGUUCCUUGGGAUUCGAUGGACGACUUUGUGUUGAUUCGUGUACUGGUGAAAGCCCGGAGUCCACAUCAUGUCCAAAAUCGAAAAAGUUAGAAGGAAACGAUGAUUCAUCACCGGUUUCUCUCAUUGGCGGAGUCGUUGCUGCUGUUAUUGUUUUGUUGAUUGUGAUCUUGGUCGCCAUCUUAAUUAGACGAUCACGAAAUGCAAAAGGUACUGACCAACAAAGAAUGGUUCGCAGUGCUGAUAGGGAAAACGACACAUCUAAUGUACAAAGUUCCUCAAAACAGUCAACAUCAAAUUUUACAAAUAUUUAUAUUAACACGGAAGAAACAACAAAGUUUAUGGAAAAGAAUAUUACCAAACAUACAUCAGGUAAAAGUAGUGAACGUGAAGAUGAAAUCGACAGUGAUGAGAAAAUACAUGAAGAAAAUCCGUAUGGAGAUCUCUAUAUUAAUGAAGAGACAGUUCCAGAUAUUGAGAUAGAAAAACUAGAGAGCAUAAUUAAGGAAAAAAGGAAAAAUGAAGAUGACGGCUUUAAACGGGAGUAUGCGACCAUGCCAUAUGGUGAGAAGUAUCCUUGCAAUGCUGGAAAACAACCAGAAAACGUACCGAAAAACAGAUUUAAGACCACGUUUCCAUACGACCAUUCAAGAAUCAAAUUAUCGGAUAGCCAGUCCGACUACAUCAACGCUAAUUUUAUCGACGGUAUUGAUAAGACAAAUGAAUAUAUUGCAGCACAAGGACCUCGACAGAACACCAUAAAGGACUUUUGGACCAUGAUUUGGCAGGAAAAUGUUGACCAAAUAAUAAUGUUGACCAACCUCAAAGAAGGAAAUAAGGUGAAAUGUUCAAAGUACUGGCCAGAUCUGUAUCAAUCAAGUACGUUUGGUGUCAUCUCCCUAUUAGCAGAGGAAGAACAGGUCUACGCUUACUAUAAAAUCAGGAAAUUUAGAGUUACCCAUAAAGUGCAUAAAAAAUCCCGCAUUGUGACCCAGUACCACUACACUGCCUGGCCGGAUCACGGCGUACCGGAUCCGCUCUGCCUUGUAGUAUUCCACGAUCACGUGACAAGAACAAAAGAUGGAAGAAAUGAUAAACCAACACUAGUACAUUGCAGCGCAGGGAUAGGGCGGACUGGUACUUAUGUUGCCUUAGACGCUUUAUACAAGGCGGGAAAAUCAGAGAGGAAAGUCAACAUCGCGGAAUACGUGAAGAAAAUGAGGGAAGGCAGAAUGAACAUGGUCCAAACUUAUGAGCAGUAUAAGACUAUUUUCCUCGCACUUGAAACCGUGUUUAAAGCUCCAACAUGUGUCCUCACCAAACCUGAAUUUACAAGGAAGGCAGAGUUGAUGACCAUGGAUAAACCAGCCAAUGAAAGCGAACUUAGAAAGGAGUUCCAGAAUCUCCUAAGAGUGAGGCACAGAUACACAGAAGAGGCUUACAAAUUUGCUUUAGAGAGCGGCGGAAGUAAAUCAGCUGUUCUUCCACUUGACAAGUAUCGCCUGUUCCUGUCAUCAAGUGUACCACAACGCGGGAAUUACAUCAAUGCCAUUACACUUCCUUCUUACACUAAGAACAAGGCAUUUAUAAUAACACAUUAUCCCCCAGCAGGGGACGCUGUCGACUUUUUGCGUCUGCUCACUGACCACGAAUCAGAUGUAGUCAUUUGUAUGGAUCCCCUAACGAAAGUGGAAUCAACAAAGUUGUGGCUACCGGCUGCCAAUAGUAAGAAAUCUGUUGCUCCAUACACAGUAAAUUGUGGACAAGAACAAGUCACAGACAUAAAAUUUACAACAAUCAGCAUUAUCCAAGAAAAGGCAACUGAAGAGGGAUGCUCCGUAUCAAUAAUAGAACCAAAAGGAAGCUUGAAAAUAGCAGAAAACUCACAAGCUACAAUGCAGAUGUUACAUUUGGUUUCAUCAGCACUUCAAUGUGAAACAGAGGGUCCCAUUACUGUAGUUAGCAGUGACGGGGCAGCCCUCUGUGGUGUAUUUUGUGCUGUCUAUAACACACUACAACAGUUAUCUAUGGACGGAGAGGUGGACAUUUUCACUGCCGUCCGUCAGCUACAGAUAAGACGACCGGAACUCUGCUCCACUCUGGAGGAAUACAUGAUGAUCAACAAUGCUGUUCUGGACUACAUCCGGGCAGAAGAGGAAACAUCAGAGGAAAAUAUUUAUAGCAACUAAUGACAACAUUUUCGAAAUCAAAUGUAUUUGACUUUUGGGGGAAAUUUCUAGUAGGAAGACCUUAAAGUGAAUUGAUUUGAAAUAUGAAAUACUAAAUAGUAUUCCUUAAUCAUAUUGCGAUAACAUCUGUGAUCAUUUAAUUGCUAAUUUAACAGUACAUUACCUUAAUGCAGCAAUGUUUUUGAUUA